AUGUUCGGCACUCCCUCUUCUUCGUCGGCGUUCGGCACUCCGUCGUCAACGCCCGCCUUUGGAACAUCUUCGUCUUCCCCGGCGUUUGGUACACCGUCAUCCACGCCGGCUUUCGGAACGCCGUCGAUACCUUCCUUCUCCUCGGGCGGAUUUGGCUCCUCGCUUUUCUCUACACCCUUCUCAUCCCAACAACAGCCGAACUCACUGUUCCAGCAACCGGCAUCUUCUGGUUUUGGUCCGUUCAACACGGCACAGCAGACGCCAUUCCCUAAUGCGCAAUUGACUACUCAGAUGGCCCCCGUUGCUCCUAUCCCUUUCUCUCUCGCCGAUCGUGACGUCCAGGCCAUCGUUGAAGCCUACAAGGAAGAUCCGACGAAUACCAAGUAUGCUUUUAAGCAUCUUUUGUUCAGCGUGACUGAACCACAGUACCGGCUCAAGCCUGCAGCUGUAUCAGAUAUAAUGUGGGCAGAGGCCAUGAGCAAACUUGAAGGCAUGGAUUCUACGGAAAGAGAGCGCCUGUGGCCUCAGCUUGUGCAAGGUUUUAAACAUCUUUCUCAGCGCCUUCAGCUGCAAGAUGAAGUUCUCGGCUCAGAUAGGGAAAGAAUAAAAACGACUCAGGGCAAUGUUAAAAUGCUUCAGAGACACUUGCAAGCACAUACCUUUCCAUCUAUUGAAAGGCUGAGACAGAAGGAGCAGAGCCUUCAAAGACGCAUGUUGAGGGUGAUGAGGAUAAUAGAGGGCUUAGAGGGGAAGGGUUUCCGGUUACCCUUAACAAAAGGAGAGGCCGAACUGUCUGACAAGUUAACUGCAAUAACAAGACAGGUGAAAGGUCCUGGAGCAGAGCUUUCUAGAAGGGUACAAAGUCUGCAGACAAUAUCUCGCGCUCAAGGAAACUCCAUUGCUGCUGGUAGUUCCUUUUAUCUCCCUGGGUCAACUAAAAUAGACGAGCAAAGCCUGAUCGAUAUGCAGGAGGUAUUGCAACAGGAGACGGAAGCUAUAGGAAGGCUUGGGAGCGUAUUGAAGCGAGACAUGAGGGAUAUGGAAAUCAUGGUGGCUGAAGAUACAGAAAUGACUCAAGACACAUAA